AUGAUGAGAAGGAGAUAUGGUCCGAGUUGGAUGCAACGGUGCUUCAAUGGGUUUACGCGACUCUCUACUGAUUUGUUACAUGCGAUCAUAGAAGAAGAUAUCUCAGCAAAGGAGGCAUGGGAUUGGCUUCGUAAUCUUUUUCAAGACAACAAAAACUCUCGUGCGGUGGCCCUCGAACAUGACUUCUCUCAUGUUAAGAUUCGUGAUUUUCCAAACGCAUCAGCGUAUUGUCAACAGCUCAAAACUCUGUCCGGCCAACUCAAGAGUGUGGGGGGUCCGGUCAUAGAAAAUCGACUUGUUCUUCAGUUGGUGGCUGGCCUAACUGAAGCAUACAAAAAUUUGGGCACCAACAUUAGGCAGAGUAAGCCUCUUCCACCCUUCACUGAGGCUUGCUCAAGCUUGCGUCUAGAAGAAAAAGCUCUAGCAGAGAUUGAUGAUGAAGCGCCAGCGGCAAUGGUGGUUGACCAUCAUGAUUUCGAUGAGCCUCCUUUGAAUCAAAACACCGGCAACUGCAACAAUCACCGAGGAAAGCAUAAUCACUGA